GAACCGCCUUCCCGCUGCGUGCAGUUUAAAGAGGCAGAGUGCCAACUCGACACGAACAACUAUCACUAGUGUAGCAGUGCGGGUCAGCAGAGUCUCAGCAACCUGGAGAAAAUGCAGCUGCUCUUGCUCUCCCUGAUUGUGGGGGUCACAGUUGCUGUGCCUCCUCAGGAAAAGCGCGUGCAUCAUCAGCGUGACCUGAGUGACCACGCCCAUGACGAUGCCCACAGUUUUCAGUAUGACCACGAGGCCUUUCUGGGCAAAGAGGAGGCCAAGACUUUCGACCAGCUGACCCCUGAGGAGAGCAAGGCCAAACUUGGGAAGAUAGUGGAUCGCAUCGAUACAGAUAAAGAUGGGUUUGUCAGCCAUGCGGAGCUCCACCACUGGAUCAAGCACAGACAGAGGAGGUACAUUGAGGAAAACGUGGACAAGCACUGGAAGGAAUACGACCAGGAUAAGGAUGGGAAGAUUGCCUGGACAGAGUACAAGAACACCACUUACGGCUUCUACCUGGAUGAUGAAUUCAGUGAUGUAGAAAACAGAGAAAGCUACAAGGCCAUGCUGAUGCGAGAUGAGAGGCGCUUUAAAGUGGCAGAUAAAGAUGGGGACGGAAUCGCCAGCCGGGAAGAGUUUACUGCUUUCCUCCACCCUGAGGAGUUCAGCUACAUGAAAGACCUUGUUGUUCAGGAAACAGUAGAGGACAUUGACAAGAAUGGUGAUGGAAAGAUCAACCUGGAGGAGUACAUAGGGGAUAUGUACACUUCUGAAGAUGGAGAGAAUGAGCCAGAAUGGGUUAACACAGAAAAGAAACAAUUCUCUGAGUUCAGGGAUGUAAAUAAGGAUGGCUUCCUUGAUGCCAGCGAAGUUGCCCAGUGGAUACUGCCAGGAGAUGUUGAUCAUGCUGACAUCGAAGCCAAACAUCUCAUACAUGAGACAGAUAGAGAUAAUGACGAUAAAAUGACCAAGAAGGAGAUUCUGGAAAACUGGAACAUGUUUGUCGGGAGCCAGGCCACCAAUUACGGAGAAGAUCUGACCAGGAAACAUGACGAGCUUUGAUGCUCUCACAUAAACCGAAAGGGAAACUGCAGGGAGUUCUGAUUUGAAUCGACGUGCUAAACGAUCAGUGGGAGGGUUAAAGUUCUAUGCAAUUAAGAAAAUAUUGUUGCUUUAAACUUUAAUUAGGGGGAGUAUAGGCCUGUAAUGAUAAUUGGUUUUAAUUUAUGGGACAAUUUUUCUUUGCUGACCUUGAUAUCGCCCUUUUGUGUGUUUAAUUACAAAACAAUUAACUUUGACAAUAUUUUAGCCAGUCAGACAAUUUUGUUUUUUGUCUGCUCUUUGUCAGACGUCGAGAGAGAAUGAGUUCAUGAGCAGUAGUGCAAUCGAUCACGUAGGAAAGUGUGUAGUGCACACAAUGAUAGGUGAAGAUCCAGAUGGUUAAAAAAAUAUACUGCACAAUUCUGACGAGCAGUAGGAAUUGCCAGAAAACAUUCUCCAAACUUAGUGACUAAAAGUUCAUUGUUCAUUUAUAUAAUUAUUAUUAUAUUAUAUUAUCAGUGGCAAUAAAUGACAGUAAUAUUGCUUAUCACAAUAUUUUUUUAAUCAAUAUAUUGUCCUUGAAAAUAGUUAUCAUCACAGGCCUAUUGGGUGGAAUUAUUUCAGGGAUUUCAGGUUAAAGGGCAGGGGAAAUAACACUUACUAGUUAGUGUUGCUGAGGUGAGCUGCCACUAUGAGGAUAUUUCAGUGUAACUGAUAUCGAACUGUAUUUAUUCUGGUAAUUUCAUUUCGUCCAUAUGGGUCGUUAAGAGAAAGAUGCUUAGAGAAGAUCACACACGCACACCAUUGACCACUUUUUUUGUUUUGAAGACCAAAAGAAGUGUGGUUGAUCUAUGUUUAUACGUGGCUUCUGUAAGAAAUGCAGUAUUCCUAUAAAGGCUAAUGAUGUUAAGCAGAAGUAAAACCCAGCCACAUCUUAUUAGACCGAUUUUCACAAUUGAUCUGGGGACCAAACUGUUUUGGAGAGACAGAUACAUUUACACAGCUUUAACAUGUGUUCAGAUGCAUCUAAGACACCAGCUAAAGCGGUGAUUAGAUUAGAUUAGUUUUAAUCUGCUUAAAUGUUUCGUGGGAUUUUUUUUCCAGAUAUAAUCCUGAUAAUUAAUACUAGGGAUGGGUCAAAAUGUUGAUAUUGCGAUAUAUCACAGCACAUUAUCAAUACAUGGCAUCAAAUAUAGAUACAUAUAUAAACAUGCGGUGAAAAAUAUUGCUUGUCAAAGUCUGUAAAACUGACACAAAUGAAUUUGUACUUCCUGGUGAGUGUUUCAUCCUCUUCAGUAACAGUAUUGUCUUGCGAUAUAUCGAGCAUCGCAACCUAAUGUAUUGAAGUGGGUUCAAAAGUGCACUGUCCAUCCGUCUCAAUGAAAAAGAGCAGACUCUUUUUCAUCUAGGCUAAAAAUAUGCCUAGAUGUUGGCUUUCAGACUUUAGUUCCUCUUAGCAUCAUUAGCCACGUAGCUCCAGUGCCAAGUUUGAGAAGCAAAGUAUAAACACGUCAUUCACACUUGAAGUAAAUGGUAAAAUGUCGGUCAGUCUGUUUUAACACUCCACUACACUCCUGUUUAGGCCUAGCCUAAUAUAUGUUUAUUGGUUUAUUGAUGCACAAGCUUUAAGCACUGAAAUGGCCAUUUGCAGACAGCUGCAAAAACAGGGCCUGAACUGACUGUUACAAAUGCCUGACUGUUACACAGCUGCCUGGACAUCACCUGUAGCUACCACUCACAGGAAAGCGUUGAAGGGGGAGAAAAGAGCAAGGGGAAGUUUACAGAAGGAACUAAGAGAUUGGAAAGAAGGGAAUACGUUAUUGGGAGAAAAAAAUAUUGUUACUGUUUACUGGUGAAGACAGCGUUUCUCUGUGAAUUCAAAAUAAAACCAUUUUUUUUA